UCUCCGUGAAGCAAGGCUUGCUGCAAUCGGUAGAUUUCCUUUUCUCCGAAGGAACCUGCGUAAGGUUAUAGAUAAUCUUCCGCUCAAUAGAAGGCGAGGCCAUGAUCCAAAUGUCGUUCGUGCGACUGGGAUCUCGAGAGUGAAUGUAGUUUAUGUCAUGGGCGAAAAUGAGUUCUCUGGCGGUCAUUUUCACGGCAAGUUCCCUUGUCGUGUUUGUAGCAUUAAGAUGCAUUUCGACACUCGAGCGGGUCUUGAUGUUCAUAUGUUCAGGCACCAUCCACAGAUUGAAUUUAAAUGGGCGGAGGGCGAGUAUAAUUCAUUGCUGCUCACACUAACGGCCCCUGAGUUGCCGGAAUCUUCGUCGGAAAGUGAUUUCGAUGAUGUCAAUUUAAGCACGUCAGAAACAGAGGAAGGAAGCUUGGGUGAACUGUCGUUGUUCAGACAGCUCAGGACGUCUCCAUUACCAGAAGAAAAGCCGUUUUUGCGUGGCUCAUCUGUUGCCAAAGUCUCAAAUUUUCUUUCGUCCUCGCCAGUUAAAGUGCAGCCCGAGAGUCCACAGUUGAUACCUGUUCGCCCCAGAAAAGAGCAGGCCAAAUCUGAAGUGCCUCGUCCGCCUCGUCCAAUUGACCUGGAGAAUCCUGAUCGCUAUCCAACUCCGCCACCGCUUGAAAAUUUACAUGGACCUGCUGCGGUUUACCCAUACAUUUCGGAUGAUGCUUACUCCUGCCGACCGGGUGGACCCAAGUUAUAUGAUAUCCUGAAUGAAUUAUCGCUUGAGCCUUUCGGAAUCAUGGCUUGGUACAUCAUUGAUAAGGAAGAAGAUCUAUUUCAGCUUGAAACGAUGCGAGACGAAGAUAAGGUGAUGCAAGCGUUGUGGGAUCGAUGGAUAUUCCUUAAUCGGCCGGAGUUUGUGAAGGAUUAUGAAAAGGGUGUGCAGAUGUUCAUUGAUGAAUAUUGGCGUUAUAUCCAUCGAGCAGCAGGAUUCUCGGCAUUGCACAUAUGGUUGCUUGUUCUUUCCAAAAAUCGGUAUUUAACUGCUGGCCAAUUUGUCGGUUUGUGUAAAUAUUACACCGAUCGCGUCGGGUUACAUCACUGGGCGCAGCAGUGACGUAGGCAGGUAUGAAUGCCGCCUCUAGAUGUCUCAGAUCGAGUCAACGAAAUUAUUUUGUCUAAUUUACCUCUGUAUGAAAAUGUUUUAAAUAUUACAGAAUUAUU